GGAGUAGGUAGGAGGCAUCCAGUACAGUUGGACCCUGUCAACUUGUCCAGCCUGUACAGAGAGAGAUCUUCAGCCACACCUCGCUUGUGCUACUUUGAUGUCAAUCAAAGAAUUGAUGUCAUAGCAUGGCACCACACAGUUGCGAGCCACAGGAGGACGAAGAUGUCGUAGAGCACGAUUUCGAUAACUUUUGACGAAUAUAUAAACCCAUUGUUUUAUCCUCCAUCGCCGACUAUUUCAGCUAUCCCAACAUCAUCAAACAAACAAUUACACCAGAAGCUUCAAAUCAAGCAGCAAUUGCUCGUACCUCUUACUCAACCAACCACUUCCACACAAAAAAUCAAAGACCAAUUUACAUAAAACCAAACUCAAAAUGUUCGGUCGUCGCCAUCACCAAACCACCACCACGGCCCCUUCCCGCCGCCACCGCACUCACCGCACCCACCACACCACGACCACUACCACGGCACCUCGUCGCGGUCUCUUCAGCCGCCGCCAGCCCGUAGUGCACCAGAAGCGCCAUGCCACCAUGGGAGACAAGAUCAGUGGCGCUUUCCUCAAGCUCAAGGGCUCUUUGACCCGCAGGCCUGGACAGAAGGCUGCCGGUACUCGACGCAUGCGCGGAACGGAUGGCCGUGGCAGCCGUAGGAGCUACCGCUACUAAGCGCGAGGCAGAUCAAACUUGACAGACAUGACGGUUAUGUACGAUUAAGCUAGCGUUGUUUGGUGCUUUUUUGAAACCAGUAAUCUAGAUGAUACCCGCGAUGUUGAUAGUAUCAGCUUUAUAAUGUUUUUA